AUGAAGGAAAAAUAAGUACCAAAUUUUGAUUCUUAAAUUGAAUUGAUAAUGUAUUAAUAAGUUCCCCAAAAGGAGGCAUGUUUGAAUUUAGCAUUUAAUUCUUCUGAUUCAUUAAUGAUAUCUACAAAAUGCAUCAAUAUUUAAACUUGAAGAUUUGAUAAGGGUAAAUUAAUAUGCUCCAAAUUGGAAUGAGCAUGAGAAUUGGGUUAAUUGCAUAGUUUAUAGCAAAUCAUAGGAGGCAUUUUUUCAGGAUCAGAUGAUGAAACAAUAAGAGUUUGGAAACUAUUGAAAAAUUCGUGGACCUCUUUAAAUCCUUUUAAAAGACAUAAAGUUUAUUAUUUGUUGUUAAAUUCAAAGGAGGACUAAUUAUUUUCAGGUGGAAGUGAUAACUAAAUUAUAGUAAUUAAAGUAAACUUAGAACUAAUGAAUUAGCCUAGUUUUAUGAAUUGAGUAAAAAUAAAUCCUAUGUACUCUCAAUGACUUGAAUUAAUCAGAAAUAUUUUUAGUGUCGUGCUCUAUUUUGAAAAUUGAGAUUAUUGUUUGGGAAAAUGGAUAAAAUAAUAAAAUGAAAUUUAAAUAAUAAUUUGUUAUUAACUAAUGUUUAAAUUCAUUCACUUAUUAGUAAAGCCAAUCACAACACUAUCCUGGAAGAUACCUUUUGUUUUUAUCUGAAAAUCAUUUUAUUUGGGUUACAGUUACUAAGGAAGCUGAUAUACUGUUUGUUUUUGAAAGGAAAAAUGGACGCUUCUAAGAAAACUCUCAAUUAACUAUAAAAAUUAAAUUAAGAAAAAGAAAAUAAAGAUAUAUUACUAUUUCCAUUUAUUAAAGAUAAGGAAACAUAGCUAAUUAUUGUAAGACAUAAACCUCAUAUAUAUUUCUUAAAAGAUUUUGGUUAGGGAAGGCUUAAAAUGAUUUAACAAUUGAAUUGCCAUACAACAAACAUUUAUGGAACAAUGACGAAUAAUUUGUAAUAUCUAUUAUAUUGGUAAAACAAAACACAAGGUUACUCAGUGUGUGA